UCCCUGAGCAUCUGUUCCGUUCACUCGUGAGGUAAGGUGGGGGGAGACUGGAAAACGGCGAGCAUCAGCGCGCGCUUUUGUUCAGUUGAUCCUCGCGACCGGCGAAGUGCGCGACGCUUCGAGCUGUUCUCCGCGCGAGCUCCGCACCAGAGACAGCCUGAGGAGAAAUACCGUCUUUUUGCGAAAUGCUUUCAAUAAAAUAAGGGCACUCUUUUUUUCUGAAGCAUUUUCGACCUGAACAGAUGUAUACAUUUUGAAUGGUUUACCUCCGUUAUCACCUGCUCUGAAGGCAAGCGGCGGUUGAUCUGAGGCGACGCGGCAUUCCUGUGGACUUUUGACAAGGCGACGCGCUUUACUUCUGAGAAGGAUGCUGGGGGAGCUCUGCUCAACGGGCCUUCAGUCUCUCCUGGCUGUGUGUCUGCUCUUCACCCUUGAAUACGGGAUGGUGAGCUGUGACACCGUGGUAAACAUGCGCAAGGUGACCCACCAGAGGGUCCAGGAGCCGCUGUCGGGUACGGCUCUCCUGCCUUGCGUCUUCACUCUUCGCCCGAGUCCAUCUCAUGAACCUCCCCGUAUCAAAUGGACCAAGCUGUGGGGUCAGCGCGGCCCGGAAGGUCUCCAGAAGCAACAGUCAAUUCUGGUGGCUAAAGACAAUAUCAUUAAGGUGAAGAAAGCUUUUCAGGGUCGAGUCACGUUGCCGGGGUACUCUGAGAACCGGUACAACGCCAGCUUGGCUCUGAUGGGCCUGCGUUCCAGUGACUCUGGAAUGUAUCGCUGCGAGGUUGUGGUCGGCAUAAAUGACGAACAAGACACAGUGCCCCUUCAGGUUACAGGAGUGGUCUUUCACUACCGCACUCCUCACAACCGCUACGCGCUCACCUUUGACGAUGCCAAACGGGUUUGUUUGGAAAACUCCGCCGCGAUCGCCACACCCGCCCAGCUGCAGGCCACCUUUGAUGAUGGCUAUGACAACUGUGAUGCCGGUUGGCUGUUGGAUCAAACUGUGAGGUACCCCAUCCAGUCUCCACGACCCGGCUGCUACGGCGACAGGGAGGACUCCCCCGGCGUGAGAAACUACGGCAUCCGAGCCCCCGAUGAGAUGUUCGACGCCUACUGCUUUGCAAACAACAUACAAGGUGAGGUGUUUCACACCAGUGUGCCAGAGAAGCUAAGCCUGGCCUCUGCCUCCAUUCACUGCCACACUCUCGGAGGUCAGCUGGCUACGGUCGGGCAGCUCUACCUUGCCUGGCAGGCAGGUUUAGACCGCUGCGACCCCGGCUGGCUGGCCGAUGGCAGCGUGCGUUACCCUAUCAACCUGGCCCGACGUAACUGCGGGGGAGAUGAACCAGGAGUUCGAACUCUUUAUCACAACCCCAACCGCACCGGCUUCCCAGAAACUACCGAUCUAUUCGAUGCCUACUGUUACCGAGAGCAGCCGAUGUUACUCCACCAGACCCUGGAAACCGAUUUUAACACUUCAAGCGAAGAAGAGGUCCAGCUCCAAAGAAACAGAGCCUUUCCUGAACCUUCCACCUGGACCGGUCUGGUCGAUCUUGAGAAGGAAGAUUUCAAAUCCAUUAUAAACAAUGAAUCCUCUGAAAUCUCAGAGGAGCAUGUUGUCAUCCACCUCAGGCCUAAAGAGCAGUACGUUGACUGGAAAGACGACGGCUUCAAGGAUGCUGCAGAGAAACAAGAGAACCUUCAAGGGGGCUCGGCGAGAGAGGAAACCGACGAGAACGACGGCGUGAUGGGAGCCGAUGCAUCUCCCGACCCCUCUUCUAUCACACCAUCCUCCUCCACACAAGCUCAAACCAGCAACAGCAUGAUCGCCAACUUUGUGAACUCAAUCAUGAAGCCAUUGAGGUAUUGGAUGGGUACUGGAGAUACCGAGAUACCAGCCACGGAGUCCAGCAUCUUCAAGGGAACCUCAGAAUUGGCCCCACUUGCCUGGACAAAGCCAAGCAGAGGGAAACCAAACAAGGGUGGUGUUGGUAAUGCCAUCUUGGAGCCUGAUACUAAGGAACAUUCAUACAAUCCCACCUCAAGAGAUCCAGAGGAGGAGCUCCUGGAGCAGGAAAGAGAGGUGGUAUUCGUGGCUGCACAAAAGAGCCAAAGUAAAUCUGAAAUGGAACCAUCAUAUUCACAGAGCAACAGCUUCACUGGGACAUUCACAGGAGCAAUUGGAUCGGGAACGGAAGAUACGACCGUUUCUUCAAGUCUCUUGUCGGCUGAGAGCAACUUCCGUGCAGCGUCGAUUCGGAGCGGUCAACAAUCGUGGAUGCGAAAGUCCUUGAAAGGCUCAAAAAUCAGCACUACAGGAGAUAAUGAGCAGUUUAUAUCUCAAACCAGCAGUCCGAUGGAAGCCAAAGGAGGAGGAUUGGAGAUCAUGACCAUUCCUGUUUUCAAGAACAACCCUGAAAACUUCUCCGGGGACCUGAAUGAGGAUAGUUACACAGUUCCCAAAGGUCCUUCGCCGCGAUUAUCCACGGAGGAUGGAAAGGACGCUGAGGGAAGUGGAGGGAAAGAGUUAGCGUUCAUCCUCGAUAGCCAACUGAAAGAAACUGAUCAAUCCACUGACCACAGCCUUCCUCUGGAGACCACUGUCAGAUGGCAGCUCCAGACGACUCGAGCUAGAGAAGAAUCCAGUUCUUCUGAACCCGAGCAUGAGGAAGCCAAAGGUGAAAUUCUGUAUGUCCAUAAUCCUAUCGAGAAGCCCAUUGGCGAAAGGAAGCAAGGUGUAAAUUUGACAGACGCACCGGAAAUAGACACUUCCAUGCCAAGCCCUGUUACAGCUGCUAUCGUUUCGGGACAGGACGAGCUAGAAAACCCCUCGACAACCCCGUCUGGUGAUGUCACCACUACUGAAAGUGUACUGUGUACUCCCGAUCCAGCUGUUUCAAGCACGUGGCUGCCUGUGGUUCAAGAGGAAGAAGGUUAUACAGAGGUUACCACAACAAUGAAUGAAUCUGAACUGAAGAUGACUCAUAAUACAGUUCAACCAACAAGUCCAGGUACUACGGAUCCUUCACACCGGGCUGAGUCCAGGUCUGGAGUGUCAGAGUCAUUUGUGUUGGCUAACAGAUGGAGAACUUCUGAACUGAGUCCUACAGACGAGCCUUUGUCUGAGUCCACUGGAAGCUCAGAGAGAGAUAGAGUAAACAAAACAGAGGCUGUUGAAGAAACAAGCAUGUCCAAAACCUCAGCGGAGCAGGACCCUUGCGAGACCAACCCGUGCCUGCACGGUGGCAGCUGCCUGAUGGAGGGGGAGGGCUAUAGUUGCCUUUGCCCUCAGGGUUAUUCUGGAGAGAGCUGCGAGAUCGAUAUUGAUGAUUGCCAGUCCAAUCCGUGUCAGAAUGGAGGCACCUGUAUCGAUGAGAUCAACUCUUUUGUAUGUCUGUGUCUGCCCAGCUAUGGUGGAGCCACCUGUGAGAAAGACACGGAGGGUUGCGAGCACAGCUGGAGGAAGUUUCACGGUCACUGCUACAGAUACUUCACCCGCAGACACACCUGGGAAGAUGCAGAGAAGGACUGCAGGGAACACAGCGGCCACCUGGCCAGCAUCCAUUCCACACAAGAGCAGGACUUCAUUAAUGGUAUGAGUCAUGAGAACACAUGGAUUGGUCUGAAUGACCGGAUGGUUGAAGAUGACUUCCAGUGGACUGAUCAUAUGGAUCUGCAAUACGAGAACUGGAGAGAGAACCAGCCGGAUAAUUUCUUCGCGGGCGGGGAGGACUGCGUGGUUAUGAUCGCCCAUGAGAACGGCAAAUGGAACGACGUGCCCUGCAACUACAACCUGCCCUACAUCUGCAAGAAAGGCACAGUGUUGUGUGGAGCUCCACCCACAGUGGACAACGCCUUUGUUAUUGGCCGGAAACGUUCGCACUACGACAUACACUCGGUGGUGCGUUACCAGUGCGCAGAUGGUUUCAUCCAACGCCACAUCCCCACCACCAAAUGCCGCGCUAACGGCAAAUGGGACCGACCCAAGAUCAUCUGUACAAAAUCACGGCGAUCUCACCGCAACAGACGGCAUCAUCACAAAUCCCACCACGAGCACAGAAGGCACAAGCGGCACGGGUCAGGGGGUCAUCGAGGUCAUCGAGGUCAACAGGCGGGUCAUGGCCAUUUCUAACCAAAUAACCCCUUUCGACCGCACCUGCAAAUCAACAAAUCCUUUCCAACAGCCUUUCACCUAAACCUUCUUAUCUUCAAUACCCACCUUUCACCUUUUCCACUUCAUAUCUGGCUCAGUCUACCCCCGUAUGACCAGAGGGGGUGCUGCUGGGCCUCACAAGGACUAUGACACUUUUCCUUAUCGCUCUUAUUUAUUCUGUUUCUCUGUUAAUGUUUCGUCAUUUUAGCGGAAAGUUCUUUCGUACCUUCAAUGUAGAAACACUCUAACUGUUUAUGUAUUUUUACAUAAGCAUUAAUAGAGAGGGUGGGUUGGUACUCAAUGUAAAUAAACUGUAUUUCAUUUCAAAACACAGGAUCAUAUCAGAAUGGCCAAGAAAUGCUUCUCGUGUUUGCUGUUACUAGAUUUUGAGGGGGAUUUCUUGAUUUUUUUGCUCUUUCUAAGACAUUACGUUGAUUUAUACAGUAUUUGAGUAUUGAUGUGUUUUUGGAUGAGAGGAGUGGUGUUCAUCUAGAUUUUUUGUUACUUUUUUGGAAAGUUUUUAAGUGGUAGGUCACCUAAAAAAAUCAUCAUUCUGUGGUUGUUUACUCAUUUAUGUGUUGUUCGAUACCUUUUUGGCAUUCUUAUUGCUGUGAAACACAAAAGGAAAUGUUGGGCAAAAUACUCAAUGUUAUAUUUUCCGUAUAAAGAAAGCCCCAUGGACUAUUUAAUGGUAGUUCUAUGGGGCAGUUUUGACAGCCCGGCAACCCCAGUCCCCAUUCACUUUCAUCGUCUGCAAAAGGGCCACCAUUCCAUGUUUCAUGGAAGAAAGUAAGUCACACUGGUUUAGAAUAAUAUGAGUGAAUAUGUUAAUAAAGACAAAAUUGGCUUUUUUUUUAGUGAACUUUUAAAAAAAGAAUUUACCAAAAAAAUGAACAUUUUAUCAUUUUGUUAAUAAUGAAGAUUGUUGGUAACCAAAGAACAUUGGCUUCCAUUGACUUCCAUUGUUUGGACACAAAACCACUGAGACAAUUUACAAAAUAUCCACUUUUGUGUUUGACAGAAGAAGUGUCAUUUACAGGUUUUCAACAACAUGAAGGUAAAUAAAUGAUAGAAUUUUUAUUUUCGUGUGAACUGACCCUUUAAACUAUUUACUACAUUAGAACAGUAACGAUAACAUCCUUCAACAAACUAACUAACCAAUUGCUGGUGGCCACUUCUGUCAUCGCACAGAUUUCAAGUUUUUCCAAUUUACGGUUAUUAACUUGACAAGAAUUAGUUAGACAAGGUGUGUCACUGUGUAGUCCCAUGCUGCUGGUGGUCUCUCCAUCUGUUAUUGAUGGUCUGUGUCAUGACCUCCCACUCUCUCACCCACAGCGGAGAAAUUGUCCUGUCGCACCAUGUCAGCAAGAGGAAAGAGGAAGUAGGAUAGAAUCAGACGCAAUCUCUGGUUCUAACUGUGCUCGGCUACAUCCGACAGAGCCGAUGAGAGAGAACUCUGAGGUCGCAUGCGAAUACCCAUAAGUGCAGCUAAAAAGAAAGUCCUCAUCCACAUGGCAUGAAAUCACGUCAUACAGGUUAAAUGUUAAAAGUGCUCACGGGUACUUCCAGCGCUGAAGAUCACAAGGUUAAAAAGCAGAAGACAGCCAUUCGGGAUCCAGUAUUGUUCUCGUGUCCCUUUAGAGAGGACGAUAUGUUUGUGUUUCUCGAAAUUCCAGUUAUUGCUUUCGUACCAGGUGCGUGUCCUGCUUUUCGAAGAGUAUAGCGACAGCUGACUCAGAUCUGGACUGCUUCUUAUUUUCUACCCUUUAAAGCAACCGUCUUACCCCAGAAAACAGCCAACUCAUUUCUCUAACGCUGUGUUUUGUGCUUAUCUCUGGCUUUUUCCCUCUCGGUUCCCUCAUGAGACUACUAACGUAGCCCAGUUCUGCACCACAACCUUCUUAUUUCUCUCUUUCGUUAUGUACAGUACGUUCAUCCAAAUUUUUAAUAAUAAUAAAUCGCAUGAUUGAGCCAGCAGUCUCAAUAACUAGAUCUUUUUUAUUCCUCAAGAAUGAAUGACAAGGUUGAAGGCACAACCUUUUUCAGACCUGGAGGUGGUUUUGAAUAGUUCCAAGUUGAUUGUUUUUUGUGUUAUUUAUUCAUUUAUUUGCAUUGUAAUUUAAUAUUUGUUGUGCGAUAUGAAUAUUUAUCUGUUUACUUUCUGUUGUUUAAUAUAAUUUUUUUAAAUUAAAUUUAAGCCCCACAAGAGUAGAUUCGGAUUGAAACGUUUUUAUUAUUUCCUCUCCAACCACCAAAUCUUUCACAAUGGAUAAAAUUCCCCAUAAAACUGAAUAUGUUGUUUUCACAUUUUGGAUGUAAAAUAGUUUGUGAAUGUUGUUUUGUGUUGACUUUAAAGGGAGACCUGCCCAAAAAUAAAAAUUCUGUCAUCAUUUCAAAACCUGUAUGUGACUCCUUCUUCACAAAGGAAGAUAUUUUGAGAAAUGUCUCAAAUGUGGUUUUGUGUUCAUGCAAUGGAAGUCAAUGGUGCCCCAAUGUUGUUUGCUCACCAACAUUUUUCUAAAUAUCUUCUUUGGUGUUCUGCAGAAACGAAAGUCAAAGUCAAACCGGUUCUAACCCUAACCCAUAAAAUCAUUUCGAUUUUGGGCUGAACUAUCCCUUUAACGUCCAUGUAUGAUAUCCGUUGAAUUCUUACAGCAGUGUGUACCAACGUCGGGCUUAAAGACUGAAACCCAACAUCCAAACAGUCUAUAUUAGCUGCUAAUAUACCUCUGCAUCACACUAAUAGCUCUCUACAGCCAUCAGCCAGUGACGGAAGCCAGAUGGCCAACAAUGUGGCAACUUAAUUGCGAGUCUCCGUUAUGAAAAUGAACUUCUAAACAGAGGUUGUUCACAGCUGCCUGUUGGCAGGAGCUCUAAAGAACCGUAAGAGGCAGCUGCGGGGUUUUCUCGUCGCACGUCUUCUGACUAAUUGCUGGCGAGAAAUCGCUAUCCCUGAGGUUGUUAUGCUAGCGCGCCUCCCCUUUAGAGUCGCGUUUGUUAAACAGCCUCAUUCACAUUGUGUCUGCACGGCUUUUGAUUUGUUGUAAGAUGUUAACUUUUUGUUUGCAUUUUGUAUUUGAAAGCAGUGAGGUAGUCAAGUGUCCAGCAUCCUCAGUUCUGGAAGUUGCAGAUGCAUAAUACACUUAACCUGAACCUCCGGCGUUCCCUGUUCACCUACAUUGUGCUUACAUAGGCCGCCCUUUCCCCAACGUAAGUCUCUACCAUAAUACUCUUUUUUUGCACAUAAUCCUGUCUGUAUAUUCCAUCCCAACUUUGCCGAGACAGACAGAGAGAAGACACUCAUUUUAACCAAAAAUGCCCCAAUCGAUUAUACAGCCGCAUUCGAACCGUACAAAUAGUCUUGAUAUCUGUUUAGUCUUUAAACCAACCGUAUGAACGAUUCUCCCAUUUUCCGUGUAUUUACAGUUAUAGCUCUUCUUUCUGUACAUUCAUCAUUUGUAAGCUAGAAGGGCAAGCCAGCAAUUAUUAAUAGGCCACCGUUCCCCGCUGCUGGAUGCUGUAAAUUCAUUCCUCCAGCUGUAGAAAAACAACCUUGCUUUACACAACCAUAAAACCUUAUGACACCACUCCUCAACUACGUGAUGUACAGACUUCAUUCUGUUUAUAAUUCUCGAUGUUUCUCGUUUUUUAUUUAUUUUUGUUCACUUUUUUAAAUGAAACCGAAUGUGUUCGUUGCCCUGGACUUCGUGCACACAGGCUGACUCCUCAUCCUGCAUCAGAAUCGAGAUUCGCGUUCUUGUGGAGGUUUGCGUUGAGAUGUUAUGUUUACUGUCGUACGUUUUUGUAUUUCUUUAUCGGGGUGAUUGAGUCAGGCUGUGUGAAUGUGGUUCAUGUGUGUUAAUCAAUAUUUAUUGAUGUUCUUAUGGAUUCUAGUUCUGUCAUUGUAUUACAUUCUUUACCAAACAAGUGGUCAAUUAAAAACAUUGG